CGAGUUCAUUGUGUUAACCAAAAUCAACAACAGCUAAACUGCUGCGCAUUUCACAAUAUUGCUCCCUCACUUCUUCCUCGACCAGCAACAACACAAGUAACAUUAUAACCAAAUCACCCAACACAAAAAAACAGAGAAAAUGAUGGACUCAUUUGAACAACCAGAUUUUUCAGGUUAUAUGAGAAAGAGAGGUGGAUUUAAUACUCUUGCUCACCGUCGUAGAUGGUUUGAAUUGAGAGGUAAACACUUGUACUAUUACAAAAAGAAUACAGAUAAGCGUCCAACAGGUGUCAUUGUCCUGACAAAUGCCAAAGUUGAAAAGGAUGGAAACAAGUCACUCGGAUUGAAAUUGAGUGGUCCAAAUCUUUCACGUGUCUAUGAAUUGAUUUGUGAAUCUGAACUUGAUUAUAAAAAGUGGAUGGAUGAAUUACAAAGAGCUAUUGACUAUAAGCCAAAGAAUGAUAAAAAGGGUUUAGAACAAACCAAGAUGGAAAUGAAAAAUGAUACUUCGAGUAGUACAUUGUUGGUUUCAAGUGGAAAUAGUGCUGAAGCAAAGAAGGUCACUUUGGAUGAUUUUGAAUUGAUUGCCGUCGUUGGUAGAGGCAGUUUCGGAAAAGUUAUGAAAGUUAGAAGAAAGAAUACUACAGAAAUUUUCGCCAUGAAGGUUUUGCGUAAGGAUAUGAUUGUUAAAGAAAACAUGGUUUCUCACACAAAGGCUGAAAAGCAAAUUCUCCAAGAAAUUAACCAUCCAUUCAUUGUCAAAUUGUACUAUGCAUUCCAAACAGAUGAAAAACUCUAUCUAGUUCUUCAAUUCUUGCCAGGUGGUGAAUUGUUCUUCCACUUGAAAGAAGAAACCAAAUUUGACGUUGAACGUGCCAAGUUCUAUGCUGCUCAAAUUGUUUUGGCCAUUGAACACUUGCACAAGAAUGAUAUUAUUUACAGAGAUUUGAAACCAGAAAAUGUUGUUUUGGAUUCAGAUGGUUAUGUUGUCUUGACAGAUUUUGGUUUGGCCAAGACAUCCAUUUCUAAUGCUACUCCAACUUAUACAUUCUGUGGUACUCCUGAAUAUUUGGCUCCAGAAAUCCUCAAGGGACAAGGUCACGCUAAGGCAGUCGAUUGGUGGAGUUUAGGUAUCUUAUUAUACGAAAUGAUGGUUGGUUUGCCACCAUUCUACUCUGAAAACAUCAAUGAAAUGUACGAAUUAAUUUUGAAGGCUCCACUCAAAUUCCCACAAUUCAUUCCACCUGAUGCACAAUCCUUACUGAGAGGUCUCUUGGAAAGAGAAGAAUUCAAACGUUUGGGAGGUGGUCCAACUGAUGCUCAAGAAAUCAAAUCACAUCCAUUCUUCUCAAAUAUUGAUUGGGAACAAUUAUAUCAACGACAAUUGGAACCUCCAUUCAGACCACAACUCAGAGAUGGAGAUGAUAUCAAAUACUUUGAUGAAGAAUUCACAUCUGAACGUGCUGUUGAUUCAUUUGCCGAAGUUAUUGAUAAGGAAGAAAAUCAAAACUUUGACGAUUUUGACUAUUCCAGAAAUUAAUUAUUGUACUAUUCCCUAAACAAUUAUUUAAUGAACAAUACUUGUAUUUUUAUAAAAACAAAGAAUUA